CAGCAUCUCAAGAAGAAAGAUCUGUUUUACAUAGAAAUAACUGAUUUACUGAGGACAGCCCCAAUGACAGAACUAUCUGCACAUUUACCCCAGUUCCAGCAUGGACAGCUGACAGAAAAUUUCCCUGAUAACCACCUCAGCAACACAGUGUUACUGACUUUUUAGCUUCAGAAUUUUCACUUUUAACUAUGUCUGAGGAAAGUGAAGAGUCUGUUCCUUUGCUUCCACUUCAGCAAGAGUCCAUGGCCUCUGCUCUCUUUAAUACUGAUCAGAAUGACAACAGUGAAAGACGGCGCCAUGAUAAUAGUGAGCGCAGGAGAAAUGACAACCCAGAGUCAGAGACCAAUGGGCAACCACAGAAUAACCUUCAGCAAGUGGUGGAUCAGGAUGACGAAGAAGAUGAGGAGCUGACACUGAAAUAUGGGGCAAAACAUGUGAUUAUGUUGUUUGUACCUGUCACACUUUGCAUGGUGGUCGUUGUUGCAACCAUCAAGUCUGUCAGCUUUUAUACGCGCAAGGAUGGACAGCUCAUCUACACUCCUUUCACAGAAGAGACAGAGACAGUGGGACAGAGAGCCCUGAAUUCCAUUCUCAAUGCUGCCAUCAUGAUCAGCGUCAUCAUUGUCAUGACCAUUCUUUUGGUUGUGCUUUACAAGUACAGGUGCUAUAAGGUGAUCCAUGGCUGGCUUAUCAUUUCUUCUCUUUUGCUGCUUUUCUUUUUCUCAUUCAUCUACCUGGGUGAGGUUUUUAAGACUUACAAUGUUGCCAUGGACUACAUCACACUGGCACUCAUGAUCUGGAACUUUGGUGUGGUGGGGAUGAUUUGUAUCCACUGGAAAGGUCCGCUUCGGCUCCAGCAAGCCUAUCUCAUCAUGAUAAGCGCUCUCAUGGCCUUAGUGUUCAUCAAGUACCUUCCCGAAUGGACUGCGUGGCUUAUCCUGGCUGUCAUUUCAGUGUAUGAUUUGGUUGCUGUACUCUGUCCUAAAGGUCCUCUUCGUAUGCUAGUUGAAACAGCUCAAGAGAGAAAUGAAACUCUCUUCCCAGCACUUAUUUACUCCUCCACGAUGGUUUGGCUAGUGAACAUGGCUGAGGAGGAUCCAGAAGCCCAGCGGAAAACUUCCAAAAACUCCACUUACGAUAAACAAGGAAGCCAGCCUCAGAAUGACAGUGCUGAAGCAGAUGAUGGUGGCUUUAGUCAGGAAUGGCAGCAACAAAGGGACAGUAGAAUAGGCCCCAUUGAAUCGACACCUGAAUCACGUGCUGCUGUUCAGACUCUACCCAGUAACUCUCAAACAAGUGAAGACCCUGAAGAACGAGGAGUAAAGCUUGGUUUAGGAGACUUCAUUUUCUACAGCGUAUUGGUUGGCAAAGCCUCUGCAACAGCAAGCGGGGACUGGAACACAACUUUAGCCUGUUUUGUAGCCAUAUUAAUUGGUCUGUGCCUUACACUUCUGCUUCUUGCCAUCUUUAAGAAGGCCUUACCAGCUCUUCCAAUCUCCAUAACUUUUGGGCUAGUUUUUUACUUUGCCACAGAUAACUUGGUGCAGCCCUUUAUGGACCAGCUAGCAUUCCAUCAGUUUUAUAUCUAGCACACGUGAUGCUGGUAUUCUACGGAUGUUUGUAUUUGUAGCAAAUGUGGGAGGAGGAAAAAUGUUUUUCCCUCUCUCCACAAGAGAAACUGAAGUUUAAUACUCAAGAUUCCAAGCCUGAAUCAUUACAACUUCCUCCCAUUUUUCUUGAGACAGCUGCUGCACUGGGCACCAUGUGAUUUUUGUUUUCCCCCUGUGUGAAUGUGGUUUCUUCUUGAUGGUCUAAACCGAGUGCAGUCAGAAGCCCUCUGAUAAACCUGACUCUGGUAAGGACCGUGUGUUAGAAAAUUGCAGAUGUUUCCACCAGCAACAUGCUCUCUCUCUCACCACAGGUUGGUUAUUUUCCACAGCAUUAAGGGUGCUCGGGACUUCCUUGACAUUAACAGAGGAAGCUGAUAAAUCAAAUGGAAGUUGGCUGCAAACCAUUUGAAGAGACGGAACCCAAUUUAAGUCCUUCAGUGAUUUUUGACCGCUGAGUCCUGAUUCCGCUUUGGGUCAUGAGAGAAAGGAUUUUGCAUUAUAGCAAAUCAACAGAAGGGAGAAUCUGUCAUUCUGAAAGGGUGCUCCACCACUGCAUAGCCUCUGUGCCUAAAUGUGCUUGGUUUAGUAACUUAAAAAGCUUUUUUUUUUUUUCGCACUGGAACUAGAGUCUUUUCUCAGUUUUAAUACCUUGCAUUCUCACGUGUGGAGUGCACCUUCUGUAGAGCUGCUCCAGUUUAUGUAGCUACUUAAGACUUGGUUUGAAUCGUUUGGCAUAAGAGGAUCAUGAGGUCCUAAUUUGGAUCUUUGAUUCUGAAAGGUUACAGAACUGCAUUCAAAGGCAAUUUCAGGACUUACUCUUUGUGCUUUUGCAAAGCAUUUUGCUAGCACACAGUUCGAACCCUGCAUUUGAGAACAGCCACUAACAACACAGUCUGCACUGUAUAUAGUUUAAGUUCGUUUUAUUGAUCAUCUUAGAAGCAGACAUCCCUAGCAGUUCCUGCUGGAGUUCAGCCUGCUAGAUGUACAGGCUAAAGUGCUAUUUGUAGCACUUCUAAUGUUUCUUUCAAAAGCUUCUCUUCCAAAACAUAGCUGAAGGGAUCUAGUCUACAACAAUUUAAAAUGUGGGAAUGCUCUUUCUCAAGUUCUCUUGACUUGACCAUUGCCUCAGUCUGAAGUCUUGAUCACCCAACCUUCUAACAUCUCAGGUUGGGCAGGGAUUUAUUUUUCAUGCAGUAACUUUAUUGGUGAGAAUUCGUAAGUUAGAUGAGACAUGACUUAUUGUUACCAAGGAAUAAAAUCUGUGGCCCUCUUUAAUUCUAUCUCGUGUGAGGAACAGAAGACUGGAGAAAUGAACGAUGACUCAAAAUCACUGAGAAGAAGCUACGGGUUUUUGAUCUUCCUGCAAGAAAAAAAGAAUUGCUUCUUACCUUAAAACUGUAACCUCUGUUUUGUUCUUUAUUUGAAAGAGCUUGUUUAUGAAUAAUGGCUUGGAAGUGAGACUUACAUGAGAUGAAGUUUGUUUUGUUGUAGUUUGUUUUAGUCUGCACAAGUCCGUUUUUGUUUGUCUGUUUUUUCUGAACAAAGCACAGGAAGUGGAUCCUCCUGACAGGCAUUCCGUUUUACCUGCAUCCAGAUACUGGAGUUCUUGCCAGACAGAACAACUGUCAGAAUCCUGAAGCAAACUCCCUUUGCUCUUUCCCUGGGGCUUUGUUUCAGUGCCUCCGGAUUUGAAGGACUGAGAUCUCACAGAUGCUUUCAAAUAUUUGCCCAAGUUAUGGAAUAAAGGGUGCGAUGUUUAAAUUCGCUUUAAAACCAAAACCUUUUCUUUGGUUGUCCUUGGAAACACCUCUGUAUUGUCCAGUAUGAUGUGCUGACUCUAUGUUAGCACCUCCACCUGCGUAAAAAAUAAGAUACACUGUUUUGUCUCCUCUAAAGUACUUUAUUCAUCUCAUUUGUAUGAUAAUUCAUUGUGGAUAGCAUUAAUAAAGUAAUCAUAUCCCAGUUGCUCACGCUGACUUUUCAGGUCAAACUUCCUUCUCUUUUCAAGCUUCAUUCACUGUUCCAUGUUUUGCCUGCCUUAAAACAGGCUUUUUUAUACAUGACUUGAGUUGUUUUUCAUACUAUUGUAACUUAUUCUUUUCACAAGCAUUAUACCUAUGAAAAGUUCUAUGUGUGUUUUGUUGGACAUGCUAACUGUUGUUUUGGUGUUUGGAACAGGUUUGCUAAGAGUUGGUACUGCUAGGAUCUGUUUGCAUAUCUGAGCCAGGUGUCAGCCGAGUUGUUAGUGAAAUGCAACAGUCAUCAUUAUUGCCUGUGGGUUUGAUUUAAUUUUUUACCACAGAAGCAAUGACUCCAAUAGAAGUUGCUUUAGAAUACAUAAAAUAUGGAAAAGCCUUUCCACGUACUUGAAUGGAUGUUAGAUGUACAGCCUGAGCAAGAGCUCAGAGUCUUUGAACACUAAAUUGUCAGUCUUCCGCUCUCUGAAGUUGUUUUCUGCUCUCCCGGAGUUUUGAUUUCCAAGUUAGUGUGGACUUACAGCGCUGGAGACUACGAAAUCACAGAAACUGUUGUUCAGGUUUCAGUAUUUGAAUCUCAAAAUGAAGAAAUAGGAAAAGGGAAAGCUGUUUCAAGUCUAGCCCAAUGUAUGUUAAAGUAUGCUGUCUGAACCCAGGUCCUGAUUAUACCUUCAGAAACCAGGAUAUGCAAAACCGAGGCAAAUGUUCUAGAUUUGCUCACUUACGGAGAGGCAUGGUUGGUUGGUCCAAAUGAGAUCUUGCAGGUAAAGGCUAUUGCAGGACUCAGAUACGGAAAACUCAGUUAAAAAUGGUUUGGGUUGUUGUGGGGUUUUGAUUUUUUUUUUUUCUUGAAUUUGAAUUGUUGUUAUGUAAGUAUGAAGGUGGGAGCCCUUUUUUUCUUGCUCUUUUGUCUUAAAACACCAGUUGGAUUAUAGCUCUUGAACCAUUUCAACUUGGCUAGCUUGGGAUAACAGAAAGAAUUCUGUUAUGUCGUCUGCAGUGUUGUUGUUAAUGCAUCAGUAUAUUGGCCUGUAGCUCUGAAAGAAUUGUUGUGCAGCUCUGGUAGCUGGAGUCAUCUCUUAAGUGCCCCAAACAGACCAACUAUUUAUUUCAAUAGCUUUGUUUUGAAACUGAGCAUCUUGACAGCUUACUCUCCCCUUCCAGCUUGCCUUAACGAUUAGUCUCUUCCUGUGACGACUUUUUUCAUUGGAGAGUUACUUAAUCCAGAGAAAAAAUAACCCAAAACAUUCCCAAAAGCUGGGUUUGUUUGUUUGUUUGUUUGCUUUUUACAAAGGUGUAUGAUGCUGUCAUAGCUAUGCAUGGCUCUUAAGGUAGCACUCAAAUUCUUGUACCUUGCAGGUGUGUACUUGUUUACUGUAGCACAUUCUGGCUGGGCAGAUCUUGACUCCUUUAAGCCAAAUAUUCAAGGGCUGUGUUCCACUAAAAAUGAGUGAUUUCCUAGAUGUGCAAAGCAAAUGCUGGGUAUUUCUUGGAUGUACAGAGUAUGGAUUCUGCGUCUGCAGGGGAGAACUGUUCUGCCAUUACUGCCAUGAAGAAAUAACUACUCGGAAGUUCAUUUUAGGUGGACGGUACUGUAUGAAGAAACUUACCCAAAUGCAUUAUUUAAAAAAAAAAAAAAAAAAAAAAAAAAAGCUAUUACUCCUGGCAGUGUUGCUAUUGAAACAAGACUGAUAGAGACUGUGGAACAUGUCUGCACUGCGGCUGCAUCUCAAUGGUAAUUUGGUCAUUGAGAAAGCUGAAAUGUGAAUUAGAAUGG